AGAUCACCAUGACGAUGUCAUUAAACAACAGGCGACUUUUGCUUGCGUUCAACAGUUAUUUCUUGCAGAAAAUUCAAAAGACAAACGAUGAAAUUCCCAAACAUGUAUCUUAGUUUGUACAUGUGAUAAAAUGGAGGCUCCUGACCCACCUGUGAUUGGGCAGGUGACCCAUAACACUAUUGAACUCUUCUGGGAUCAAUCAAGAGAGAAAUGUGUCACGAAUAAUGAAGAAAGAAUAAAGUAUUGUAUCCAGGAAGAGGAAGGAAAGUCAAAAAAUUAUUUCACUGUUUAUAGAGGUUACGCAAACACUUGUAUUCUCAAUGGGAUAAAGGAAAAUACAACACAUCGCUACAGAGUGCAAAUCAGAUUUACAAACACUUCCAGUCCAUGGAGCUCGACAACUGAAGUUACAACAAAAAGCUUUCCGUCUUCCGGAGCACAGCUCCACCGUGCCGUGCUAAAUUUGGAUGUAGACAAAGUUACGAUGAUUGUAAAAAAUAACGAAUCAAUGGUGGAUGUUCCCGAUCGUAUGGGCUGUUCUCCACUGAUGGUUGCUUCACAAAAAGGCUACACUAGUGUCAUAGAUGCACUUCUCAGUCACGGAGCUGACGUAUCAUUCUCAAAUUCCAGCGGCAAGGAUAGCAUGAUGAUGGCAUGUUUUACCGGCCAUGUUAACGUUGCCACAACUUUAAAAUCCCACGGCGCUUCCCUGGAAGCUAAAGAUCAUGGAGGUUCUACAGCUCUUCAUUGGGCUGUCGACGGUGGCAGUAUAGCUGCUGUGGAGUGGCUACUGUCGAAUGGAGCCGAGGUCGAUGAGUUAGACGUGGCAGAGUGGACGCCUUUAAUGCGAGUAGCGACGUUAGAUGGAACGACCGAAGUUGCAAAAAUGCUGCUGCAAAGUGGAGCGAACGUCAAUACUGAAGAUAAACAAGGAAGAAGUGCCUUGAUGGCUGCCGCAUUGUCUGGUCGACUUGACCUUGUCAAACUCUUCGUAGAGCAUGGAGCGGAUACUGAAAAACGAAACUCUCACGGUCACAACGCCUUGGACUUUGCACAAUCAUUCGGCAGAAAUGACGUGGUUUCUUAUCUCAAAUCAAUUAAUCGACCGCAAAACGACACGGGCACCAAGGCCAAAACAAACAACUCGUGAUAAGAGUAUUAACAAACUACUUAUGAAACAUUAAGUAUGACGACGAUCUGCACUUUCAAGCAUUAGCUACCGCAUACGUAAGCCUUAAAGAGCCGUUACAUUUAGUUUAGUUUUAGACGUGCAUCUGUUCAAUUUUAAAAUUGUAAAUUAACGUUUUCUAUUGAUACAGCACAUUCGUGUCAAGUUGGAUACGCAUGUAGCUUGGUCUUGAAUUACAUAUGUUUAAUUUCGGC